UCCCGUAUUAGCACUACGCUCAUUUCGUUGGCAAACGAGCCCUUAAAUUAAUAAUCUAUAAUGGGUUCUCUGAACCUUCCCUCCCUUCAUUUCUUCUUAUUAUUAUUAUUUGAUUUGCGGUUCUUCAUCAGACCUGAUACUCUUAACACUGAUUACGGAGUUCUUCGCCUCAUUUUCAGGAAAUGGAUUUCUGUUUGGAUUGAUUGAUGUUGUUAGGGUUUAGAUUACUCGAAUUGAUUGAUUGAUUGAAGCAAUUCAAAAUGAGGGGAAAAUAAGAACUACUGUGCUUCUAUUUGGAUCCAAACAGGGCGUGAAUUAGAGUAUGAAAUAUUUGAAGGCAUCCAUGAUUCCUGGGGGGGUUUCUUAUGGAGGUGGUGACUGGCAAGGAUCUAUGGGGGUUCCUUAUCAACACCCACAAUAUCAUGAUAGUAGUCGAUAUCAAUCUCCGGUUCGUGGCAGCUUUCCAUUGACAAUGGGAAGCUUGCAACAGAGGGAUCAUUGGAUUGGACUUGGCGAUUAUGAUAACAGGGAGAGGGGCAAUGAUAUGACAAGCGAUGAAGAUGAGGAGGGGAUCUAUGUUCAUAAUGAUGCUCGUAACGAGAAGAAUGGAUCGCAAUGGCAGCGUGUGAAGUGGACGAACAAGAUGGUGAAGCUCUUGAUUACUGUUUUAUCCUAUAUGGGAGAGGAUUCUGGUUCUGGAUGUGGAAGCUUAGGGACAAGGAGACUUGUAGUGUUACAAAAGAAGGGGAAGUGGAAAUCGGUUUCGAAGGUAAUGGGCGAGCGAGGUUAUCAUGUUUCGCCCCAGCAAUGUGAGGAUAAAUUUAAUGAUCUCAACAAAAGGUAUAAGAGACUGAAUGAUAUGCUCGGUAGGGGGACGUCCUGCGAAGCUGUCGAGAACCCUGCGGUUUUGGACGAGAUAGAUUAUUUGAAAGCAAAGGAAAAGGAUGAUGUUAGGAAGAUUCUAAACUCCAAGCAUUUGUUCUAUGAGGAGAUGUGUUCUUAUCAUAAUGGCAAUAGACUGCAUUUGCCUCAUGAUCCAGAAUUGCUUCAUUCUUUACAGUUGGUUCUCGGAAAUAGAAUUGAUAGUUCUCGAGUUGCUCGAUUUGUAACGAAUCAAGUUGUAGCUGAAACUGAUAGAAUUUGUCAGUUACAACAGCUACGGAUCGAGUCGCAUUGUAUUGAGUUAGAAGAGAAACGUGUUCGAAUCGAAAUAGGGAGAUUGGAAUUGGAGAACGAACGUAUGAAGUGGGAGCGAUUUAAGAAGAAACGAGAGCGGGAAUUAGAAAAAUUGAAGUUGGAAAAUGAGAGGAUGAGGGUCGAGAAUGAACUCAUAGCAUCACAACUGAAGAAAAGGAGAUGCUCUCAUCUUCACAGGAUUUGAACUCUGUUUUUGAAGAACUUAUUCCAAAGGCUCCUCUCAUAUGAACCAAAUAUUCCCCUUGGAGUCUCCAUUUCCAAAGCCAUGUAGCGGCCCAUAUAGCGGCCCAAUAUAGAAGCCCAUAAAGAGGCUCAAAUGAAUCAUUAAAAGAAUGAAAAAACAGCCCAAGCUUUAUCCUCUUAUCCAUUUGCAUCUCUCAACAUCAGAGAGGUUGACAUGAGAGAGAGAGAGAGAGAGAGACACAAAUUCUUGGUCUUUAUUUUUGUUGUGUGGGCACAUGGGGGGCCUCCCAUAAUGGGCUUUUUUUUGGGGAAUUGUUUGGGCCGACAUGGGGGCCCAUAUACAAAAUGUACCUCUUCUCUUAAUUAACUUUGUACUUGUUUUUAAUUGUUUAUAAUGAGUGAGUGGGUAAUCAUUAUUUGAUUAAGCUUAGAAGCUUUAUGAUUAGUAUACAAUUAAGCAUAUAUAUAUUAG